AUGCAGACCACCGAUACAGACCUCCUCUUCCAGACGGACAAGGAUAUCAAAGAUGCGGUGCGGCGAGAAAGAAAGUUGAAAGUGACCCAAACGAUCGGACGGCCGAUAUCCCUCUCGAGCAAGGUUCUGCGCGUGCUCGUGGACGGGGAUACAGCAUGGACGGCCGAGUCGGGCUGGCAGGCUAGGGCUAUCGACCUCAAGACAGGGACAACCAGGCGACUAUUUCGCGGACACACAGGACCGGUCACCUGCGUCGCUCUUUGCCAGGGACAAGCUGGACCUGUAUUGCUGACUGGGUCAUGGGACAAGACCAUAAGAGUAUGGGAUGCCGCUACCGGAGUCUGCCUACAAACCCUCCAAGGCCAUUCGGACUUUAUCAAAUCGCUCACUAUCCUACCUGGUCCGGCCCUCCUCUCUACCUCCUCCGACCGCACCAUCCGCCUGUGGGACCUCCGACCACUCAAAGACGGCGCCGAACCCAAAUGCGUGCAAAUCCUCCGCCAACAUACUCGGCCGGUAGAGUGUGCAGCAUGGCGUUCUGGUACCCCAGACUACCCCGAGUGUAUCGUCUGGACCGGCGACUCGCUCGGGGUGAUGAAGCAAUGGGUGUAUGAUGAGAAGGCGGUGUCACUCCGACUGGACAAGGAGCUGAAGUCGCACGAGACGAGUGUAUCCCAGUUGCGAUCAUGCGCUGCCGGCGUGUGGAGUGCUUCGAUGGACAAUACCGCCAUGCUCCAUAGACUAGACGAUAAGCCCAUCAUCCGCAUCACCGAGUCCACCUAUAUCCGCUCCCUCCUCCCUAUGGAACACGUCGACGGCGCCGAACACCUCCUCCUCACCGGCUCGGACGAUGAGAACAUUCGAGUCUAUGAUGUCGAAGAUACAGAGCGGGGGCAGCCAAGGCUGCUAGCGACGGUCCCGGGGCAUGCGUUCCAGGUAUCGGACCUGAGCGUCUGGAGCGACGGUGAGAAGUGGGAGGUCUUGUCGACCAGUUUCGACCAGACGAUCCGGAGAUGGACGUUGUCAGAUCUGCUGCAUCCAAAAUCGAUCCCGGAGGCGGAGGAGCCAGAAGAAGAGGAUAAGAAUGGGGGAAUGACGGCGGAAGAGGCGAGGGAAUUGGAGGAGCUGAUGUCGGACACUGAUUAG